AUGCGCGGCAGCGGUCUGAGUAUUCAGCGCUUUGUAAAGGGCAAGGCUCAGCGAUCUAAAAGUGAUGCCAAGAGCAAGAAGAAACUAAUAAUUCAUAAGGCUCAACGUCGACGCCAGUACGAAAAGAUUAAAAAACGUGAGGAGAGUGCACCGGGUGAUGGUGCUGGAGACACUGGCACUAGAUCGUCAUUUUACGAUCAAUUUUUUAGCAAGUUGAAUGAAGAAGUAGAGAAGGUGGAGGCACGAACUGAUAGAACGCACCGAGCUAAAGAAGAAAAGCAGCGCGUGACCAAGCCUGAUCCAUUUUACAAGGCUAAAAAGAAAGCAGCUAUUUCAAAGCUAGAGAAGCAACGUGGGCGUGAGGAGAGACAAGAACGCAUCGCUACUUUUGAAAAGAAAGUUAUUCAGCGGAAAAAACGCCAUGUGAAAUUAAGUCAGCGUACGGCAAUGGGCCAGCCUGUUGUAAGAAACCAUAUCAAUGAUAUUUUGUCGCGAUUGCAGGCAGAGAAAAAGAAAGAAGGAAAUUAG